AUGGCCAUCAACUGGAUACUCCCUGUGCGCGGUCUACAAGCCGUUCUCUCUUGCGCAGUGCUAGGCCUCAUGAGCUAUGUCGCUUCCUGGUGGUCCACGCACUGGCGCCAAUUCUCCCCCCACGAGGUCAACUUCCUCAUCUUCAGCCCCGUCUGGUCCCUCCUCGCCCUCGCCGCACUCGUCGUCCUCCCCUGGAAAGCGCCCUCGCUCGCCUCCCAGAAGAGGGCCCGCAUCGGCCUGCUCGCCCUCGACGCGCUCACCAUGCUGUACUGGUUUGCAGGCUUCGUUGCGCUGGCCGUGUUUCUGGCGGACCGCAUUUGCUUCGGGACCGUGUGCGCCAUCGCGAAGGCGAGCGUGGCUGUCUCGGCGAUGAGUUGGGUGGCGUGGACGGCGACGACCGUCGUGGGCGCUGUGAGGUUGUUCAGGGGUGGGUUUGGCGGUGGGAGUGGGAGUGGGACGGCUGAGGCGAAGGUUGAGAUGCAUCAGGGCGUGUAG